AUGUCUAGGUCGGGAAAGGUCGCCUAUGACAGGCUCCUUAGCCUACUACACGCCAAAACGGUGCCCGAGGUUCGUCUGAAAAUUCCGGCCGUGAAAAGAAUUUUGUAUGCCCACGAACCAGACACAGAAUCGGAAUCUUCCAUUCUAGAUGACAUGAUGCAUAGUCGGUGGGGCGAAAAGCCAAUGAUUACAGCCAUAGACGAGGUGGAAUCUUCCUUAAAAAACAGCCCUAAAUCCAAUGUUCUACGACUCAGAUGUCCUGUUGGGCAAGUGGGAAGAGCCGAUCUACAUAAUAUCUAUCCAAGAGGGAGAGAAAGACAAUUUGCGCUUCCGGAGGCUGUGAAGAAAGGUUUGGAGUUCCAUGUUGUGAAGGGGCGGAAUCCCAUCACGCUUCUGUUUGCUGGAUACUAUUAUCUAGUCUUCCCUAACUAUAAUCAUGCGUGCGUCUACUAUCUAGAAUCGAAGGGGAAACUCAUCAAUGGCUUCGACAUGGACUUAGAGUUUGUGAGCCCUAACUCAGACCACUUGAAGUUUAUGGGCUCUCCCCUCCUACACACGACUAACGUUUUCGAGCCAGUCAGAAACUUUGAGAGUUUGUCCGAGAACUUCAGACGGUUGCAAAGCUCAGAGAUCUUUAAAGAAUCAGCCAAUCAACUGAAAAUCGUAGCUGAGCUCGAGAAAGUCCUGGGUGACCGCUCCGCAUAUACAAACAUGGACACAGACCCGUUGUAUGACAUUUUGGAGUAUUUCAUGGAUAUUCCUUCCCGCUACAGCCUGGUGGUGGUACGCAACUUACCCUUUGGUAUCACGAGACCCACUUUGAAUCACUUGUUGUGGAAUUAUGAAUUUGCGACGGAAAAGAACCCGCAAAAGUCAAUGAGAAUCCUUCAUAGCAAUACUACCGCACAGAUCACCCUUGCCUUAAUGCACUUCAAGGAUGAGGCAAACGCGAGGAGAUUCGUUCGUAAUUAUCACGGAAGCCACUGGAACAAAAUGAGCAAGGCCAAUCUUAAGCCUCUUUACGAACCAAUUAGAUGUGAAAUAGUGGAUUGA